AUGUCAUCUUCUGCAUCGACACAAUACGCCCUUGAGCGCAAGGUGGCCAUCUCGGCUGUAGAGCGUGCUUGUGCGCUCACUGAUAAGGUCUUUCGCAACCUCGUCACUGUCGACACAGUCACCAAGAAGGACAAGUCACCCGUCACAGUCGGUGAUUACUCGGCACAGGCAGUGAUCAACGCUAUCCUAGGAACACACUUCCCUCAGGAUCCCAUCGUUGGCGAGGAAGACUCGAAGGACUUGCAAAAGCCUGAGUCGGAAGCUUUGCGCAAGCAAAUCUUUAGUCUAGCCAACGAAGCUCUUAAAAACUCGGCAAAAGAGUGCCCUGCCGUCGAGCAAGCUGCGCAGUCCAAGUCGAGUUCCGAGGCUUUAGGAGAUCGUCACCUCACCGAACAAGAACUUCUCACAGCUAUCGACAGGGGAAGCGCAGAGGGCGGCGACAAGGGUCGAUGCUGGGCACUUGAUCCCAUCGACGGUACCAAGGGUUUCCUUCGAGGUGGCCAGUAUGCUGUCUGCCUAGCCUUUAUGGUGGAUGGUGUGUUGCAGGUCGGUGUGAUGGGAUGCCCCAACCUUCCCCACGAUGCUUCUUCUGCCAAGCCAAACGAGGGCGAGUUUGGCGCAGGCGAAAAGCGAAGCGAUCUCGGCACUCUCUUCAUCGCUGUUCGAGGUCAGGGUGCGUUCCAGCGACCCAUUCAGGAUGGCCAAGAGCAAAAGAUCUCAAUGCGACAGAUCAAGUCACUCUCCGAAGCUUCCUUCUGCGAGUCAGUUGAAGCCGGUCACUCGUCGCACGGCACCAACGCUCGUAUCGCAGAGCUACUCGCUAUCACUGCCCCUUCGGUGAGGAUGGACAGUCAGGCCAAGUACGCCAGCAUCUCAAGAGGCGAUGGCGAUGUCUACUUGCGUCUGCCUGUUGGUGAUGGAAGCUACCAGGAGAAGAUCUGGGACCACGCUGCUGGUGCCUUGUUGGUCGAAGAGGCCGGAGGAAAGGUCUCGGACAUUCGUGGCAAGGAUCUCAACUUUGGUGUUGGACGUACGCUUCGUGAGAACCGCGGCGUGGUUGCAUCGCACAAAGAGACACAUGCCAAGGUGAUCGAGGCUGUUCGCAAGGCGCUCGACGAGGAGGGUCGUGGACACCUCUAA